GCUAAUGAACGUUGGUUUAAAGGAUAUCACGCCAACUCUUGACGAGGAAUACGAUUUUGUAGUGAUCGGUGCUGGUAGUGCAGGUGCUACUAUUGCUUCCAGACUUAGUGAAGUGCCUGAUGUUAGGGUUCUUCUAAUUGAGGCUGGUAGAAAUGAGAAUUACAUGAUGGAUAUUCCUCUUAUCGUAAAUUAUUUGCAAUUCAGUGAUGAGGUGAAUUGGAAAUUUCAGACCGAAUCAUCCGAAACUUAUUGUCUAGAUGAGCAUUGGACGAACAUGUUUGCGAGUAUAUCUGGAAAUCAUUCUUGGACUAUUUUUCCUAUGCUAAUGAGGCCUAAUAGCCGGGGAAGAAUUUUGCUGCGUAAUAACGAUCCCAAUUCAAAACCAAAAAUUUUCGCUAAUUACUUCGACGAUCCUGAAGAUGUUCGAGUCAUGGUAAAAGGAAUAAGAGCAGCUAUUGAAGUCAGUAGAACUGACGCUAUGCAGCGUUUCAAAUCAGAGUUAUAUAACUUUGCUGUGCCUGGCUGUGAAAAAUAUGAAUAUGAUUCUGAUGAAUAUUGGGAGUGUGCAGCAAGAACUUUUACUUUUACAAUCUAUCAUCAAUCAGGCACUUGCAAAAUGGCACCGAACAGCGAUCCUACUGGAGUCGUCAAUUCUAGAUUACAAGUAAGAGGAAUCAAAGGAUUAAGAGUCGCAGAUGCUUCUAUUAUGCCAAUGAUUAUGACUGGGCAUACAAACAUACCAGUAAUAAUGAUAGGUGAAAAAUUAGCGGAUAUGGUUAAAGAAGAUUGGAAGUUAUAUUCUAAUGAAAACAAACCGUGAAACAUUUCUUAAUUACAAAACGAUCAAUCGCUUCUAAAUGAUAAAACUACCUUUGAUGUACACACAUACACAUUACUACUAUCAUUAUGUUUUGUUAAAUAAAAUCUUAAAACAUA